ACCGUGGCUGGGGCGGCGGCGGUGGCGGUGGUGGCGGUGGUGGCGGUGGCUGCGACGGUGAAGGAUGCACCCGGCAGGCUUGGCGGCGGCGGGGACGCCCCGGCAGCGUAAGUGGCCGUCCAAGCGGAGGAUCCCGGUGUCCCAGCCGGGCAUGGCCGACCCCCACCAGCUCUUCGAUGACACGAGUUCGGCCCAGAGCCGGGGCUACGGGGCCCAGCGGGCACCCGGCGGCCUGGGCUACCCUGCGCCUUCUGCCUCGCCCCAGGCUGCCUUCCUGGCGGAUCCUGUGUCCAACAUGGCCAUGGCCUACGGGAGCAGCCUGGCCGCCCAGGGCAAGGAGCUGGUAGAUAAGAAUAUUGACCGCUUCAUCCCCGUCACCAAGCUCAAGUACUACUUUGCUGUGGACACCAUGUAUGUGGGCAAAAAGCUGGGCCUGCUCUUCUUCCCCUACCUGCACCAGGACUGGGAAGUGCAGUACCAGCAGGAUACACCAGUGGCCCCCCGCUUUGACAUCAACGCUCCUGACCUCUACAUUCCAGCUAUGGCUUUCAUCACUUAUGUCUUGGUGGCUGGCCUGGCGCUGGGGACCCAGGAUAGGUUCUCCCCAGACCUCCUCGGGCUGCAGGCAAGCUCUGCGUUGGCCUGGCUGACCUUGGAGGUGCUGGCCAUCCUGCUCAGUCUCUACCUGGUCACUGUCAACACUGACCUCACCACUCUCGAUCUGGUGGCCUUCUUGGGCUAUAAAUAUGUUGGGAUGAUUGGCGGGGUCCUUAUGGGCUUGCUCUUUGGGAAGAUUGGCUACUACCUGGUGCUGGGCUGGUGCUGCGUGUCUAUCUUUGUGUUCAUGAUCCGGACGCUGCGGCUGAAGAUCCUGGCGGAGGCAGCGGCCGAGGGCGUCCCGGUGCGCGGGGCCCGGAACCAGCUGCGCAUGUACCUGACCAUGGCCGUGGCGGCGGCGCAGCCCCUGCUCAUGUACUGGCUCACCUUCCACCUGGUGCGGUGAGGGCGGCCCGGCCCGCGCCGCCAGCUGCUGCUCCGCGCGGCCGCCGCCGCCCCUCCGCCCGCCCGCGGGGACACCGGCGCCGCCCCGAUCCCGAGACCCCACCCCCCACCCCCUCCGGGCCGAGGUGCCGACAUGUCCAGCUGCACCGGCCGCCCCGCGGAGCGGCCACUGUUCCGGAAACAAUAAACCGUGAUGGGCACGGCGUAGGCAGCUUGUGCUUGGCGCGGCCGCCCGGCAGGGGGCAGGCCCGGCCCGGGAAGGGGGAUGGGUGGGGCGGGGCCGGUGCCCCACUUCGCGACCAGAAGGCGACCAGAGAGUCGAGAGAAGGUUUAAUGAGCCUCGCCCGGCCCGUCAGUGAGGAGCCUCCUUCUUCGCCUUCCCUUUCUUCUCCUUCUUUUUCACCUUGGGCUUCUUGACCUUGGCCGGCGUGCUCUUGUGCCCUUCGGAAGCGGCAGCGGGAGGCUGUGGGGCCGAGGGCGGAGGGGAGGGAAGGGGAGAGCGAGGGGUCUGCCGCUGAGACGAUUGCCCCGGGCUCUCCCCUCACCUGGGGCGGCUGCUUGCGGGGAGCCUCUUACCUUUGCUUCCAUGUCCGAGUCGCUGGAGCUGUCGCUGCUGGAGUCUGAGGAGCUGCGGUGACCGCCACCCUGCUCGUUGGAGGCGAGGCAGUAAGGGCCGGACCCCUGACCCAGCCCCUGCCCUAGGAAGCCCCAGGCUCGGCGGGGCCCUGGGUUCAAAGGCCUA